GGCCGCUUCCUGCUACGUGCUUUGCUUUGUAACGGCGUGUAGUUUGGUUUACGGAUGCUGAGGAGGCUCGUAGGUACUCUCACUGUACAUACACCAAACACACUGCACCGACAGGUUUAUUUGGGUCGUUGUUGCAGCAGACGGUAAACCUUUUCACGAGAAGAGAUGGCAAUGUGCUCCGAGCCUGCUAGCGUUAGCUCCGAGGUGAAAGGAGAGCUGAAGAAGGAAAGGAAAGUGGCCGUUAUCACCGGCAUCACCGGACAGGAUGGUUCCUACCUGGCUGAGUUCCUGCUCGCUAAAGGCUACGAGGUUCAUGGUAUUUUGAGACGCUCCAGCUCUUUCAACACCGGUCGCAUUGAGCAUCUCUACCAGAACCCACAGACGCACACCGAAGGAAACAUGAAGUUGCAUUAUGGCGAUCUGACGGACAGCACGUGCCUGGUGAAGAUCAUCAACCAGGUGAAGCCGACGGAGAUCUACAACCUGGGCGCUCAGAGUCAUGUCAAGAUAUCCUUUGAGUUGGCUGAAUAUACCGCUAAUGUGGACGGCGUCGGUACGCUGCGUCUCUUGGACGCCGUGAAGACGUGCGGCCUGACCAACAGCGUGAAAUUCUACCAGGCGUCGACCAGCGAGCUGUUCGGGAAAGUUCAGGAGAUCCCUCAGAAGGAAACCACGCCCUUUUACCCUCGCUCACCUUACGGUGCUGCCAAGCUUUACGCUUAUUGGAUCGUGGUGAACUUCAGAGAGGCCUACAACAUGUUUUCUGUCAACGGGAUCCUCUUUAACCACGAGAGCCCGAGGAGAGGUUCAAACUUUGUGACGCGUAAGAUCAGCCGUUCUGUGGCAAAGAUUCACCUCGGCCAACUGGAGAGCUUCAGCCUGGGCAACCUGGACUCCAAGAGGGACUGGGGCCACGCCAAAGACUAUGUGGAGGCUAUGUGGCUGAUGCUGCAAGAGGAGGAGCCAGAGGAUUUCGUCAUAGCGACCGGAGAGGUGCACAGCGUGAGGGAGUUUGUGGAGAAGGCCUUCAUACAUGUGGGGAAGACAAUAGUGUGGGAGGGGAAGGAUGAGAAGGAGGUUGGUCGUUGCCAGGAGACAGGAGUGGUACAUGUGAAGGUGGACCCUAAAUACUUUCGUCCUACUGAAGUGGACUACCUGCAAGGCGACAGCACCAAAGCUUACCAGAGGUUGGGUUGGAAGCCAAAGGUCACUUUUGAGGAGCUGGUGAAGGAGAUGGUGGAUGCUGACAUCCAGCUAAUGAAGAAAAACCCCAACGCCUGAGUCCAAAUCAGUCAUUCCAUCCAUUUAAAAACUCCUGUUUCUCCAGACGUGGCGGGAACAUGCUGCAUUUUUAUCUUGAUGUCUAUUUUUCGUUCUUUCUAUGAUUUCUUGUCAUCAUGUAACUUUGAUUCCAUUUGUUGUCAUAUAGCACAGAAGCCUUUUAUAUUUCCACACUGAUUAUGUCAUAAUUUAUAUAAAUGGCAAGUUUUAAGGGUUUAUUUAUGUAUUUUGUUUAUUUUGAUUGUGAUGGAAAUUGAUUUAAACCGGUCGAAUAGGUUGUUUCUGUCAGAGGAGGAAACGGCAGAAAAUGUAAAUGAAUAAAAUAAUAACGUUUUUAUCUUGUUUUGGAAAAUACAAUUGAUUGCAUUAAAUGAACACAUGUUUCAUUCAAUAAAGACUGGUCUUUUUACAUUA